GCAACUCGCGGACUGCAGCAGUCACGAGUCGGUAGUACAAAGCAGAGGAUCAUCACGUUACAAUGCCGCGCGCUAGUUUCGUAUUGCUUAUUGCGAUCGCAGUGUUCUUCGGCACAGCUACUUCAAACCAAGUGUGUGGGCCAAAUGCAGAGUACACUACUUGUGGGUCAGCAUGUCAACCGACCUGUAGCAAUCCAGAUCCACACCAAAUUUGCACUCUGCAAUGUGUAAUCGGCUGCCAAUGUAAAGAAGGAUUUCUGUCGAACGGCGCAGGUCAAUGCGUUUCCCCCCAAAAUUGCUAAAAGCCGAUGGAGACUACUUACUGAAGUGUGAUGUCCGAAUAUAUUAAACAUUUCAAAGCUUUCCUAAAAAAUUCGAAUUUAAAAUUAUGUUUGUAAGAUGCUUAAAUAUAGAUUAGUUGAAAUUAAACAUAAUUGGUAUUUGUUUGUAUACUCGUUGCGUCUUCAUUGAUUGAAUAGAAGAGAAAUUGAAAUUAUUAAAACUAA